CAAACGCCUGAGCCGAGUGCAUCUGUUCUGCAUGUGCCAGAGUCGCCAUGUACUCGCAUCUCCUGAUGGCCUUCUUGGCCAACGUUAUGCAGUCUCCUGUCAUGUCCAAUACGGAGCUCCAGUGCGAUGUGAACAACGGGUGGCAGCCAUACUGCAGUCAUUGCUAUUUGAUGGCGGGAGAUCUGAGUUGGAGUGAGGCCGAGAAGUAUUGUGUCAAUCACAAAGCACACUUAGCCAGCGUCCACUCAGAGGCGGAGUUGGAUUUCUUGACAAAUCUGCUGGUUCAGUCAGGACGAUGCAGCGCAUGGUUGGGAGUGAGCAUUGAGUGGUGGGAUAUGUUCUUCUAUUGGGAUUACACCUUUCGCAAUACUGACAAUACCACUGCCGACUACUUCCGGUGGAAUAAAAGAGAGCCCAACAAUGCUCUCCGCAAAGAGGAAUGCGUUGAACUGACACGAGACGGACAUCUCAAUGACUACAUUUGCAAAGUCGAACAGCAAUUAAUCUGUAAAAAAGCCAAGGACUUUCGUCCUCCUCCGCCUACUUGUCCUCAGUGUAAUUGUCCCACUUGGGUCGCUCCUACUCCAUGUCCAGCUGUUGCGCCUCCUUCUCUUCCUCCUGCCCACCUGACGACAUCAGAACCAGGAAGUGUCAUAAUCUGGAAUGAAAAAUCUUACUGGAAUCGCAUGCAUUUUGACAUCAAAGGCUCAUGCAUGCUUGUUGCAUCGCCUCAUUGGUUUGGAUUCAUAGUUGACCUUUUGGGCUAUCUCAGUGCUGGCCGCAGCAUUGCCAUCAGAGGACGAGUCAAGCCAUCAGCUGAGAGAUUAAUCUUCAAACUGAUCGCGACCAAAGGCACCGCGCUGCACCUGGACUUUCACAUCAAAGACCAAAAGAUUGUGAUGGCCUCCAACCUGAAUGGUACCGAAGACAAAGAGGAGACAACGUUCGACUCGUUCCCCAUUGAACCCGGACUUGACUUUAAGAUUAUCAUCCAGUGUGACGUCGACUGCUUCUCCGUGACCAUCAACGAAGUCCAGCAGCUGGAUUUCACAAACAGGCUUCGCAACGUGCAAAGCAUCAGAAUGCUGAAAAUGUGGCGUGACAUGUUGCUGACGGACGUCAUGCUGAUGUAACAUCGUCAUCGUGGCCAAGUUGGAAGUCUUGUCGCUAUUAAUGACAUUUUUUGCUCGAUUUCGAAAAUGAACGCUCCGUGCCGCCAGCCAAUGUUCCCAUUUAUCACCAAUAUUUGCUGGUCUAAUGAAUUUAUGGGAGUGGCAACUCUUCGAACAUAAACAGUUCCAAGCAAACGACAUGAUGAGACGGGGGAUAGACGAAGGUAUAAAUUGUUGUUGAUUAGCAUGUUACGCGUAACUGCACUCAAAAGAUGACUAGACAUGAUCAAUAAGCAAAGUUAUUUUUUGCAAAACCCUUGCACUGUCUGUCUCAUCAUUCACGGUCUCAAAAGACACCUGCAGGGUUGCUCAACUGCUUGGGGAAAAAAAAAAAAUCAGAAAAAUAA